GCCCGGAAACGUGCUCACGUUAUACUACGUCUAGGUAAUUUCUCGAGUUUGUUCUUUCUCUGUCCCUGAAUUUUCUUUUGGAUUAAAGAGUAUUUUUUUUAGGAUUUCAGUGUUUUUAAACGAAAACCAUGUCAAGUUUAAAGAAAAGGUAUUCAAGAUUGCAUAGAUGUGGCUUUUGUAAAUCUAGCAGAGACAAGGAAUGUGGACAACUAUUAAUAUCUGAAAACCAGAAAGUAGCAGCUCACCACAAAUGUAUGCUUUUUUCAUCUGCUCUGGUAUCAUCACAUUCUGAUAAUGAAGGUCUUGGUGGAUUUUCUGUUGAAGACAUUGAAAAGGAAAUAAAAAGAGGCACUAAAUUGAUGUGUUCUUUAUGCCACUGCCCAGGAGCAACAAUUGGAUGUGAUGUGAGAACAUGUCAUAGGACAUACCACUACCUUUGUGCCUUACGUGACAAAGCUCAGAUGGAAGAAGAACCUUCACAAGGGAUUUACAUGAUUUAUUGUAAAAAACAUAAGCAACCUGGACAUAACUCUGAAGCAGCUGACUUAGAAGAAAAUGUCAAUGACACUGAACUGACAUCUUCACCAGAAAAGGGAAAGAAGAGUGAGAAAGGAAAGCCAAGAAAAACUAUUUCAAGAGGGCAAUCAGAAGAUACUAAAUCUACAUCUUCACAUAGAGAUAGAUCACCCCACAGAAAUAGUCCUAAUGAAUCCAGGCCUAAAUGUGGAUUCUGUCAUGUAGGUGAAGAAGAAAAUGAAGCAAGGGGGAAGCUUCACAUAUUUAGUUCCAAAAGGGCUGCAGCACAUUAUAAAUGCAUGUUAUUUUCUUCUGGCACAGUUCAACUUACAACAACAUCACGAGCUGAAUUUGGUGAUUUUGAUAUUAAAACUGUGAUUCAAGAGAUUAAGCGAGGAAAAAGGAUGAAGUGUACCUUUUGUAGCCAACCUGGUGCAACUAUUGGAUGUGAAAUAAAAGCCUGUGUAAAAACGUACCAUUACCACUGUGGAGUACAAGACAAAGCUAAAUAUAUUGAAAAUAUGUCCCGAGGAAUUUACAAAUUAUACUGUAAAAAUCAUAGUGGCAAUGAUGAGAGAGAUGAAGAAGAUGAAGAACGGGAAAGCAAAAGUCGAGGGAAAUUACCUGACUAUUGUGACUCUUCUCAACAGCAACUUAAUGGCAAUUAGAUGUGGAGAAUGGAAUUCAUAUGAGUUGAGUGACAUGAUCAUCAAAUUCUCCGCUUUAAGCAUUAGUAAACCAUGAAUCAAACUAACUCCAAGUACCACCUUCUGCCUACAACAUUUUGUUAACCCUUUAAUGUGUUCGUUGUUGAAUAAUGAGAAAAUGCUUUUUAAAAAUAAAUAAUAUGGCUUUCUUUUCUCCAAGUAUAAUUUUCCUUUAUUACAUGUAGCUUUGAAAUUUAACAGUUAUUUUGAAUGAAGAGGUAGUUACAAAUGAUUCGUUAAAAUAACAAAUUAGUCACUACAGAAUGUUUUUAUUAAGAAUCUACUUUAGAUUUUUUUCCUAAUACUUCAUAUAGUUUGUUUUUGUAUUAAGCUCCAAUUUCUUUAUUUUUUUAAAACUUAGCCAGUGUUCUUUAAAAUAAAAAAAAUUAAAAAGAUGCAUCAAGAUAUUGUCACCUAAAUUAACAUUAUGUAAACAAGAAUUUUAAAGUAUUUAGUAAUGACUUGACAUCUCUUAGUCCAGCUUUUACCUUUUUUUGGCAAUUAAAAAUAUCUAAAGCAAAUAAAAAUUAAAUUCUUACAAUAAUUGCAUUAGUUAUAAAUUUAAAAAUAUAAUUUAGUAUUAUGUUUUGUCAAAUAUCCUUAGUUAAAAGUGCCUUAUAUUACAACAAUUAAUUUGUGCCCAAGUAUUAUUUGUUGAGUUUUUAGUUAUAUAAUAUUGUAUUAAUUAAAUAUUUUUAAACUUUAUACUUACUCUCUGUCUAUAGUGGUAGUUUCAGUAAACAAAAAUUAUUUGAUAGCCAAAUAACAUUUAUUUCAAUCUUCAUUAGUACUUUCAUAUGUUCCUUGUAAUUUUUAAGAUUACCUUUUUUGUAUCCUAUGAACUUUUAUGAGUUAAUAUAAUUUACUUUGUUAUAUUGUCACAUUUAAAACAUUUUAGCAAAAUAUUUACAUUUCAUGUCAUUCUUUUAAAACAUAUGUAUACACAUAAAAAAUAUAAAAUUUUGUCAUCCACAAUUUACAUAUACUUAAUUCUCUAUCUUUAGAUUGUUAUACAUUUUUGCUUCAGUAUUCUUUAUCUCUAGAGAGGUAAGUUAACAGAACCCAGAGUUAACAAUUGAAUAAAAUGACAAAGUGACAUUGGACUAUAUUCUUGCUUAAAAUGUGAUAAUGUUAGUAAAAGAUCUUUUUUUUUUUUUCACAUUUACAUAAAGUAUUAAAAAUAAAUUAUACUUUGGAUUAGAAAUAUUUCUUCAGAAGUAUGUAUAUUUUUGUUUCUAUUGCCUUUAAUUCUAGGUAUCUUUGCUAAUAAAAACUGUGUAUUAUUCUUGAUUGAAUAAAUGAACUAUGACUUUAA